CAUCCUCGCAGCUCGGCUCUGGAAGGCGUCCCGGAAGCCAUGGGUAUGUGCAGAGGGUUUGGGGAGGCUCUUCUAUGCAACUGCGUGGAAAUAGCGAUAAAAGCCUGCACCACCACCCCGCUCUCCCAUUGUCCACACGGGGCCCGGGACUCGCGUCAUGGCCAGUCGGCCCCGACUGGGCUCUUCUGAGCCGCAUGCCCGCGCCAUCCUCCGCCCACAGAGGCGCUGGUCCUGGCCGGAUACCGCGCACAGAAGGAGGACGAGCUGAGCCUGGCGUCCGGGGACGUGGUCCGGCAGGUGUGCAAGGGGCCCGCACUGGGCUGGCUGCGUGGAGAGCUGGGGGGCCGUUGUGGCCUCUUCCCCGAGUGCCUGGUGCAGGAGAUCCCGAAGAUUCUCCGCGGCUCAGGGGAGGCGCCGAGACCUCGCUGUGCGCGCCGUCGAGGUCGCCCCGUCAAAUCUCCGGGCCCCCAAAGAUGGUGCAAAGUGAACUUCAGCUACAGCCCGGAACAGGCGGACGAGCUGAAGCUGCAAGCUGGGGAGGUUGUGGAAGUGAUAAAGGAGGCCUUGGUAACCCAGACAUGCCUUCAAUCAGCCUUGGCUCCCAGCGGCCUCCCAAGCUGAGCAGCCUGACCUAUGACAGCCCUCCAGACUACCUGCGGACAGUCUCCCACCCUGAGAUCUACAGGGUCCUGUUUGACUACCAUCCCGAGGCCCCAGACGAGUUGGCGCUGCGGAGGGGGGACGAGGUGAAAGUACUGAGGAAGAUCACAGAGGAUAAGGGCUGGUGGGAAGGAGAGUCUCAAGGCAGAAGAGGACUUUUCCCAGAUAACUUUGUUCUCCCACCACCCCCGAUCAAGAAGCUGACUCCACGGAAAGUGAUAUCUCGGGAAUCAGCUCCUAUUAAGGAACCCAAAAAGAUGGUGCCCAAAACAGCCGUCCCUACAGUCAAGAAGCUGGUGACAGCCCCCACUAGGCCCAGCAAAGCCAAGCCAUCUUGGACACCCAGUGGAGACAGUCAGAAGUGCCCCUCCCAAAACUCCAGCUCCAGCGGCAGUUUCCUCAGUGGGUAUCCAGGCCAGAGUGGCAGAAAGCGAUCCAGAACCCAGGCUUCCCAGCAACGCUCUGCGGCCAGUCAGGGCGAAGAGCAGAGCAAGCUUACAAAGGCCCCUCAUGUGAAUAAAACCCCAACUCUGGACAAGACCCCCAGCCUAGAGAAGACCCCAUCUCUGGAUAAGGCCCCUAGACCAGAGAAGACCCCAUCUCCAGAUAAGGCUCCCAGACCAGAGAAGACCUCAUCUCCACAUAAUGCCUGCAGCCCAGAGAAGACCCUGUCUCCAGUAAAGGCCCCGACUCCAGAGGAAACCCUAACUCCAGAUAAGGAGACCCCAGCUCUGGAGGACAAAGCUCCUAGCCCAGACAGGGUCUUUUCUGUGCCUGAGGCCCAGAUCCCAGAAGUCCCACCUGGUCCAAAGAUGGCCCCUCCUGGGGACGAGGCCUCCACCCUGGGAAAGGUCUUGACCCCGGAGCAGGUGCUCUCUGAAGAGGCCUCCAUCAGAGACAACACUCAGUUCCAUCACUUCUCUCUGGAGGAAGCCCUGCUAAACGCCAGUUCUCUUGAGGACAGUGAGGCUCAAUCCCAAGAGUGGGUUCACAUGCCAGCGGAGCCCCCCAUCCGCAUGGUGAAACAUCCCCUGGAUGAGAGGGGCAGCUCCCUUCUCCAGUCUGAGUCCAAGUCCAAGUCAGGGUCCACGCCUGCCCUUGAGAAGGCCCACCCCCAGGAAGAGGCUACCACCCUCCUGGAGGAGGCACCAGGGAAGGAUGAGACCACCCCCAAAGAGGAAGAGUCUCCCAAAGAAGAGGUGCCCCCCAAAGAGGUAACCCCCGCUCAGAAGAAUCCACAACCUAUUAUGCUGACUCCAGAGCCCCAGAUGAAUCCCACCCUCCACUCCUUGGUCCCGCAAAAUCUCACAGACGGCAAAAGUGACAGAGACGACAUGGUGAGGAUAAAAGACGAGGUGGAGGCUUUAAGGAGGUCGCUGGAGCUGAUAGGGGUGCAACUGGAAAAGAAGCUGACCGACAUCUGGGAGGAGCUGAGAAGGGAGAGGCAGAAGCGCACGAUGUUGGAGGUUCAGAUGCAGCGGAGGACCCAGGAGUCCCGGAACCGGGGCUCCAUCCACGCGCAGACGCAGACGCACUGAGGGUGGCCCGGGGAGGGACCACGGCGGGACCUGGAGCGACGUCUGGCUCCGGCCACCCAAGUGCUUGCACACGACUUUGGGAAACACGAGAAAGUAAACUCGUCGGUGUACGCGC